CCAUCAACAAACUUAUCAGGACCUCGCCGCACACAGUAGCAUGUUGAAAACAUUAGCUCAGAGGCUAACGGGUUAGCUGUAAGCCGCUCACACACAAACAGGAAGGUUUAUAAACAUAUUAUAUCAUAAAUAUGACUGACGUCAAAGUGAAGAAGGAGGUGAAUCUCACGGAUCCAGCCGAGAUAGAAAACCGGAUUAAAGAGCUGUGUCAGCAGUUUCCUCAUGGCAUCACAGAUCAGGUGAUCCAGAAUGACCUUCCUCACCUGGAGCCUCAGCAGAGAGCCAUGGCCCUCAAUAAGCUGCUCUCACUGGGUCAACUGGACCUGCUGAGGAACAGCUCAGGUCUGCUCUACAGGAUGAAGGACACACAGACUUCAGGGAAGAUGAAAGGUUCAGACAAUCAGGAGAAACUGGUUUAUCAGGUCAUCGAGGACGCAGGAAACAAAGGCAUCUGGAGCAGAGACAUCCGUUUUAAGAGUAACCUUCCUCUGACUGAGGUCAACAAGAUCCUGAAGAACCUGGAGAGUAAGAAGCUCAUCAAGGCUGUGAAGUCUGUGGCGGCUUCUAAGAAGAAGGUGUACAUGCUGUAUAACGUCCAGCCUGACCGCUCAGUGACCGGUGGAGCGUGGUACAGUGACCAGGACUUUGAGUCUGAGUUUGUUGAAGUUCUGAAUCAGCAGUGUUUUAAGUUUCUUCAGAGCAAAGCGGAGGCAGCCAGGGACAGUAAACAGAGUCCGAUGGUUCAGAGGAACAGUUCGUUCGCCACCUCACAUGAAGUGUGGAAGUACAUCUCUGAGCUGGGAAUCAGCAAGGUGGAUCUGUCCAUGGAUGACAUCGAGACCAUCCUGAACACGCUGAUCUACGACGGUAAGGUGGAGAUGACGGUCAUCGCCGCCAAGGAGGGUACGGUGGGCAGCGUGGACGGACAGAUGAAGCUGUACCGCGGCGUCAACGCCAUCAUCCACGCCACCGGCCUGGUCAAGACGCCCUGUGGACUCUGCCCGGUGUUUGAUGACUGUCAUGAGGGCGGAGAAAUUUCUCCAUCUAACUGCAUCUACAUGAGCGAGUGGUUGGACUUCUGACUCCGCCCCCUUUUACUUUUCUGUCAUUCUUUUUUAUUUAUAAUUCAAAAAAAUUCAAAUAAACCUGUAAAUACUGAA